AUGCCGUACGCAUCCAGAAUCUCGGUUGGCACGACUUUCGCAUCUUUCAACGACCCCAAUCUCAAGUACCGGAUCGAGAAGCGCGUUGGCAGUGGUGGCUUCAGUGAGAUCUUCCAAGAAGAAGCCACCAAGCUCAUGCAGCUGAAGGGCCAUCCUCAUAUCAUGGAGCUCGAAGACGUGAUGCAGAUGCCACAGAACGCAGAAGCUGGUCUCAUCAUGGAGCUCGCUAGCGAAGGCCAUCUCCGCGGCCUCCUCGAUCGACUUCCUAAGCAGCAUCAUGUAUCUCUCUCGCAGCGUGUGACCUAUGAGAUGGUCGAGGCACUAUACCACAUCCACUCUCACAACCCACCCAUUGUGCACAGAGACAUCAAGCCUGACAACAUUCUGGUCUUCCUUGCCGGUACAGAGCACAGCCCACACUAUCUUUUCAAGCUUGCAGACUUCGGUCUCGCCGAUACCGCUCUUUCUUUGAUCAGAUCCAUGCUGGAGAAGAUUCCUUGCAGGCGUCCUUCGGCCGAACAGUGCAAGAGAUAUAUCUGGUACAGAGAAGGAGCCGCAGCUGUUGUCUACAAGAUGACCAACACCAUCACCAACAUGUACGCCGGAUACGAUAGCCUCGACAGUAUGAGCGAGAUGACCAUCGAUUCUGACUCUUCUCUCGAGGAUGACUGUCCUGCAGACUCGAUGAAACAUGAACAUGGCAUGAAGUGCUUAGUCUCCUUGAAACACAAUCAUCGUCUGGACAGAAGGAGAUCUUCUUGA